AUGCCUGAAAAAAAAAGGCUAGAUGCUAAAUGGAUCUUUCAGAUCCAAACCUCAGAUAACAAUCUUAGCAGCUCCCCGGAGCUUAUUGGGAACGAAUUCCAACAACAUUUUGACCACUCUCCACCUGCACAAGACACAGUAAGCAAAAAACAGUUGUGCAACGCAGACUUCCUUAGCGCUCUUGACCUUCUACCACUGACUCAGGAUGCCAAAGAGAAGCUCGCUCGAAGGUAA